AUGAAUAUUUGGAACGAUUGCACGGAAAAAAAGGGAUCAGAGCUAGAAAUAGACGUGCGCUCGAGGCUUUCUGGCAAUUCUGCGUCUUCUGAAGAUCAAAACGGUAGCAAAACCAAUACUUCCUCUAACGACGAGGGAGAAACGAUCGCAGAAACACCACCCGAGCGUCUUUCAGGUGUCCCGAGACUAAAGCGGGAAAAUGCGUUUAUAGCGACAGAUUUCCCGGCGAGAAAAAAGAGUCUGAUGUUCACCCCUGAAGAAGACAAUUAUCUGAAAGCAGGCAUCGAGAGACACGGCUACGGUCAAUGGAAAGCGAUUCUCAGGGAUCCCGAAUAUCGUUUUCAAGAGGGAAGGACAGCCAACUCCCUGCUGAGCCGCGCAGCGCGAAGAUUCGGAUCACUUUCUAAGUUAUCCUAG